AUGGAAAGGGUGGCACUGGCACGCCUAAGAGUGGAUUGCGGCCCAACUCGAGUACUUCCCGGAGCACCGGAGCAGCAGACGGGCUUCAGGCGCCAACGCUGCACGGCAGACUCCAUCUCCGAUGUGGUGGCCACCCUGGAGGAUGCCAAAGCCAUAGGGGACGUGGCAAUGUUGGUGCUUCUGGACAUCAAGAGCGCCCUUGACGGACAUCCACACGCGGUCAUCGAGGCCUGCCUAGACCGCCUCGGCCUGAGCGGCUGCCUCAGAGGCUUCAUUUCCGCAUUCCUGACCGGCCGAACCUUCCGAGUGCGCGUUGAACAGGAACUUAGUGAGCCCAGGGAUACCAUGACUGGCGUCCCACAGGGAUCGCGGCCAGGAGAGAGCAGCUGGAGGUUCUGCACAGAGAUGCCAUUGGGAGCAUCCUGGGGCUCCCAAAGCAUUCACCGGUCGCUGCAACACUGGCAGAGGCUGCUGAAUGGCCGCUGUCGCUGA